AUGUCAUCACUUUCUCCUGGGAAUAUCCUUCAAGGCGCCGAUUGGAACUACCGCAUUCUCGACCUCGUUAAGGGAGAUAAUACGCACAUCUCCACUGUCUUUAAAGCCGAGAUAAUUCCCCAUGAGUAUCCUCGUAGCGCCCUGAAAGCCCCCCAAUGGGCUUUCAUCAAAAGAGCUUUAAAUAGCGAUGCAAUUGCUGUGAAGAAUAUGGAUCGCGAAAUUCAGGCCUAUAGCCUUCCUGGGGUUGCUUCUUCUCAAUUAUUCCGAAAACUAUAUGAUGUGGUCGACGACAGAACUAUCGCCCUGGAGUGGCUGGAUACCACUCUUGCAGAGUUGAGAUACCAGACUAGCCAUAUAGGCACCCUUUCGCUUAUUACUUCUGUCCUAAGAGCGGCGCUAACUAGUUGUGUCAUUCUGGAGGGUUCUAAAUAUGUGAAUACAGACUUUAAACCCGCUAAUAUUCUACUUUGUAGCAUCGGGUCUGAUUGUAUCACCGCUAAAGUGGGAGACCUAGGACUAGUGGUUCCCGUUGGCGAGCUGAUUAACGCCCAGCCAUACGCCAUGCGAGCACCAGAAGUCUUCCUUGGUCAAGCAUGUGCAGAGCCAUCACAGGUCUGGGCAGUUGCCGCGAUGUUGCUUUGCUGGAUCAAACCUGGUGUGUUAGGCAUGUGGGGUAGCACUCAUCCUCUUCUUAAUGUGCCUUGGUCUAUGGCAAAGGUCAAGCGGCUCUUCCCCGACUGGAAUAUUCCGAUUGCUGAUGAGGUUGAUGGCCAUUUCCUUAAAGCCUGCGUAAAUAUUGCCAAAACUCUCAGUGAAACUAAGCCAGAGCUACAAGCAAUCUUACCUUUCGACGAGGAGAUAAAAACGGUAGAGAUGCCGGACCAGUUGAGGGAUCUGUUUCGUUUCAUGCUGAUACAUGAUCCGGUGAAGAGGCCAUCGGCUUCAUCUGUGCUAAAAUCGAGGGAGCUACGAGCUUUUGAGAAUCUUACGGGCGCAUAA